GAGGAUUCCAAAGACCCCCCCUUUUCCCCCGCCUUCGCCACCGCUCAAAGAACCAUGUCCGCCGCGGCCGCCGCGCGCUCUCUCCUCCGAUCCCCGUCCCUCCGGUCCUCCGCCGCGAGGUCCGCCGCCUCCUCCUCCGGCCUGAAGCCCGGGCCCGCGCGACCUCCUUUCCGCAUCCCGGCGCAGAAGCCCGCGUCGCACCGCGUCUUCAGAUCGCCGGUGGAGAUGAGCAGCUGCUUGGAGUCGAUGCUUCCUUACCACACCGCCACUGCUUCCGCGUUGCUCACUUCCAUGCUUUCCGUUCCUCGCCGCGCCUCCGGUUGGGCUCCGGAAGGGCAAGAGAAAACUAGAUGAAGAUGGGGCGAACAAUUAUCAAAUGGAUGAUUGUUUGUUGUUGGUCGAAGGAAUGCUCGCCCCUAUCCACUCAAUGGACGUUGUUAGACCCUGCUUGAGCCAUCUUGGUCUUGUUCAUGGAUUGUACCAGGAUUUUCCUUUUUAACUUGCAGAUAGAAUUCGAUUAUUGGUCCAUUCAUGGACUGUACUUUUUUUCUGGCUGUUAGUUGCUCUUUUGGCUUCGCUGUCACCCGUGCACAACGGCGGCAUCUAUGGAGGUUUUGGCUUUUUGUUGAAAGAAUGUCCGGUCGCAUCGAAAGGAAUCGAAGAUGCCGACGAUAGAGAACGAUGCUGAAGCGAUUGGUACUUCUUCAA